GUGGCUCCUCACUUCCUGGUUGAAGAUGGCGGAUGAGAAUGAGACAGCACCGAUGCCGGAGAAAGAAGAUGUAGAGGACCACGGACACUGCAGCGACUGUGAAAACGAAGAGCACCACUUUGAAGAUGGUGACAGGGGUCUGGGCGACGACACUGGUGCCAAGAAGAAGAAAAAGAAGCAGAAAAAGAAGAAGAAAGCAGGUGCCCCAGAAGCAGCUCAGGACCCCCUUGCCAAGGUGAAUUCAUUGCCAGCUGAUAAGCUCCAGGAGAUCCAAAAGGCCAUUGAACUGUUCUCUGUAGGCCAGGGUCCUGCCAAAACCAUGGAGGAGGCCACUCGGAGGAGUUACCAGUUCUGGGACACACAGCCUGUGCCCAAACUAGGGGAGACGGUUACAUCACAUGGCUCCAUUGAACCUGACAAAGACGUCAUCCGUGAAGAGCCCUACAGCCUCCCACAGGGAUUCAGCUGGGACACCCUCGACUUGGGGGACGCCGCGGUGCUCAAGGAGCUGUACACCCUUCUCAAUGAGAAUUAUGUUGAAGAUGACGACAACAUGUUCAGAUUUGACUAUUCCCCUGAGUUCCUGCUCUGGGCCCUGCGGCCCCCUGGCUGGUUGCCCCAGUGGCAUUGUGGGGUGAGGGUUAACUCCAACCAGAAGCUGGUUGGCUUCAUCAGUGCCAUACCUGCCAAUAUCUCUAUCUACGACAUAGAAAAGAAAAUGGUUGAGAUCAAUUUCCUCUGCGUCCACAAGAAGCUUCGCUCCAAACGAGUCGCUCCGGUUCUGAUCAGAGAAAUCACCAGACGGGUCAACCUGCAGGGUAUUUUUCAGGCUGUUUACACUGCUGGAGUGGUCCUGCCCAAACCUGUGGGCACAUGCAGGUACUGGCAUCGCUCUUUGAACCCUCGCAAGCUAAUUGAGGUGAAGUUCUCCCACCUGAGCAGGAACAUGACAAUGCAGCGCACCAUGAAGUUGUAUCGUCUGCCUGAGGCUCCUAAGACUCAAGGUCUACGGCCAAUGACUAAGAAGGACGUGCCGGUGGUGCAUCGCCUUCUCCGCGAGUACCUGAGCCAGUUCCAUCUGGCGCCCGCCAUGAACCAGGAAGAAGUAGAACACUGGCUGCUUCCCCAGGAGAACAUUAUCGACACUUACCUGGUGGAGAACGAUGGCAAAGUGACUGAUUUCCUGAGUUUCUACACUCUGCCCUCUACCAUCAUGAACCACCCUGUGCACCGCAGUCUAAAAGCAGCAUACUCCUUCUACAACGUCCACACCACCACCCCAAUGCUCGACCUCAUGUCUGACGCCCUCAUUCUGGCCAAAUCGAAAGGGUUCGAUGUCUUCAAUGCACUGGAUCUAAUGGAAAACAAGACUUUCUUGGAGAAGCUUAAGUUCGGCAUCGGUGACGGAAAUCUACAGUAUUAUCUGUACAAUUGGAAGUGUCCCAGCAUGGGCUCAGAAAAGGUUGGGUUGGUUCUUCAGUGACAUCCCUUUAUGCCGUAAAUAAGUGUCACCAUCAGGCCAGGAGACGACACCCAUCACACUGACCACGUGACGAGAUGGACUGAUGACUUCCUGCUACAGGAGUGGAAAAAAAAAAAAACCCACCGCCCAUUUUUACUUUUUGACCUUCUGAACUUUGACCUGCACUACCGCUGCCAGGUGGGAGGCCGGGAGAGUCUUCCUGCUCUUCCUCCUCCUUUUGAUCACAGGGACCUUAAGCCAUUGUAGUUAUCAUCCCUAAACAACUUUAUUUCAUCUGAGAGUUGUCUGGACUGUACCAAACACACACACACACACACACACACACACAGAACAGUUUGCACAGAUUACUGUAAACCAAACACUCACGGUUGGCGUACCUACAAAAGAUUAAAAAAAAUAAAAAAGAAACAUGUAAAUAAUAUCAAACAUAACUGCCCUAACACACACAGACUAAAAUCUAUGGUUUCAUUUUAUUGCUAAAUGUUGGAAGUGGUUUUUGCAAUUAAAAUAACACUGUCAUCCUUCAGUUUUAGAGAUGAAAAACAACAACAAAAAGAUAAAAAAAAAUAUUUUAAAAGAAUAGGCUUAAGAAGUUGAGGUAAUAAAUACCAAAAGUGGAUACAAGAUAAGGGCUUCUGUAAAGAAUUCUCUUGUCAUGUUUGACCCUGUGUCUUCUUUGAUUUUUCUCAUCAAACCUUAGUUUUCCAACAUUUUGACGUUUUUUUCACCACUGCUUUUUCAAAGACACCCAUGCUAGAACUGCAUUUGUUUUUUUUCUGGAGUUCUUAUGUGUAUUAACUGUCAUGAUGCUCCUCCACAGCUUACUGCACUAACUGAAGAAGCCCUGAAACACUCACUGAUGACUCAUCAGCUUAGGAGAAACAAAAAAAAAAUUAGAAUCUUUUUUUUUUUUUUUUGUGGACGAGGUUGGACUGUCACGCUGCGGUUGAAGGCUUUCUGUCGGAGUUUACUCCACACUUUUAUCAGCAGGGAUCAGAUAUGUAAUGACACCUUUUGAUUUGACUGUGCUGCAGUUUCAAUGUCCAUCCUGAGGGACUCGUAAAAUAUGCAAGGACUUUGGAUACCUUAAAAGUACUUUAUGCAGAUGUUCAUGAAGGAAUCACACAGGAAGUCUUAGAAACAUCAUGAAAACAGUUCUGAAAACUACCCCAGAAAGAAGAGCUGGAAGUUCUGGUGACUUGUUUACAUGCACAUAUCACAUCCGAUGUUCUUUGCUAUUUGAAGACGGGAUCAUCGUUAGCUUUAGUCUCACUCGAAUUAACAUCUCUGAUUGUAUGUUUUUAUAAGCUUUACUUAGGAUGUGACAUCAGACACAAAAGUAUAAAUCAAUAUGGGGAAAAAAAAAAAACUUGCAAUGCAGCUUGCUUUCCACCUCGAUGAGACAUUUUCCCCUCUGCACGGAUCAUGUAGGCAACAUCAGUCAGGAUUUAGGAUGGAUUUUGAAACUGACCAAGAGCAGCAGUCUGGAUUCUCAGCACGUUUUGGCAGAGCGGGGGAUGAUGACGAUGAUGACGAUGAGGAUGAUAACGAAUGGAGAAAUCCCUUAAAGUGCAACUUAUGUAAAAUGAUGGUUCUAUUUGCAUACACAUGUAAAAAGAAUAAUGGGUUCCAUUGUGUUCUAGUGCAGAAAGACUUUCAACAUGCAGGUAAUUCUUUUGUUUUCUUUUGAGCAAAGAAAUAAAAUCUAGAAGUUGCUGUGA